CCCGCUGUCGUGAUCGUGCCAAGUAAAAGACCCCCCUUCGUGAAAGAAGGGCACGGUUGGGGUAAAAGAGGGUUAGUGUCAGAAACUGAGCAACAUCAACCCAACUAUCAAAACUUGGUCCAAUUCAUAUGGUUUGUUCCACUAUCGCAGCUCGUCUGUGUGCUGGACUCUUACAAGUGUGCCUAUAUAAAGCCUUGAGGCCCCAUCCCUCCCCCUCUCUCCGGGUUGAAACGGCCUCCAGCAUCCAACCAAAGGCUGAUCGCAUAUCCAUGGGAAGACAUCAAGUCAGAUCCAAGUUUCAUCCGGCCCGUCUCGCAAUCUUUCGUGGUUCAUCUACUACCCUUCCAUUUCCUCAGUACGGCCAAGAGUCCAAGACUCGACAAACAACAUGGCAUUUGUGUUACCCAUCUGAGAGCCAACAUCUCGCUCAGAAUUGUACUACAUAUCGCUGUCCCAACGAACGAAUCGCCCGCUCACACAUACAAGCGGCCCGUCAGCCAGUCGCCGUUGUGGAGGGCGGCGUCGCCCAAGUUCUCAUGCAUCCGUUGACUGACGUUGGGCAUAUCGGGCACCUCUUACCAUUUUUGCCCUCACUCUCCAUCUGGCCGGCGGGUCAAAGAUAUUGCUGACUUGAUGCUACCUUUUUUUCAGCUCAGCGUAAAUAUGCCUCAACAUCAACUGAUCAUCCAGUCCGAUUUGAAGUUACGCUU